AUGGUUGGUCUCGACACCACUGAGUGGACUCCACCAAGCAGCGAAGUCAAACACAAGAUCUUGGUCCUGAUGGACUUUGCCACACACUACAAGGCCGCCAAGAUCCUUCGCACUAUGGAUCUCUACAAGCAGGAGAAUGAGAACACCACUGAGAUCCUCAAAGGCAUCUUCGAUUUGUGGCUUUCCUCAAAGCCAAAGAUGACCAUCUUGGUGCCUGACAAUGCCAAGUCAAUGGUCAGUGCACAAGCUCGAACGACUCUCUCCGACCUCAACAUCCAGAUAGAAGUACCACCAGCAAAAGAAAGCUGGAGUCAUGGCUUGAUGGAAAGAGCCGUUCAGGAAGUCAAGACAGUUGCCUCCAAGACCACCUUGUCCUUUCCAGCCCUCUCAGCCAACGCCAUUUUGGCCCUCUCCAUUCCGUCGCUCAAUGCCACUGAGAUCGUGCAAGGCUAUACUCCUCACCAAUGGGUGUAUGGGAAGCAGUUCAGCUUCUCUGAUGAGGAUGAGCACUCCAUGCAACAGAUCUUACCUGAUGUACCUGGCCAUGACUUCAUCUCCCUCUUGGCCAACCGCCAACAAGCUGAAGAGAUUGCGAGAAAGGUGGCCUUCGACAAUUUAGUCAUCCUCAAUGGCUUGGACCUGGCCGUGUGUCCGCAAGAACGCCUGGACUAUGAGAUCGCCAAUCCAGAGGAUCCCUCAAACUGGCGCUCCCUUGCAGACAUGGUGCCCAAGAGAUCCUACAUAGACCUCUUGCCAGAAGAACCCACUGAAGAAGAUGUGGAACCACCUCCACUACCUGAUGAGCCAGACUCAACGACUCAGGAAGCACCCCGUCUUCCUGAGAAAAGGCAUCGCCAGAAGAGUCCUUGGGAACCACUACAUCCUCUUCCUGCCGCAGUACCUCCUGUUGGUUGUGAUGAGUACACUCCAUCGGAGCCACCUCUCAACGAAAAUGAUGAACAACCGGCCUUCAUCUCUGUGGAUGAUCAAGAAAAGGUGAAUGGAACUGGAACUGGGGUCGGCAGUGGCUUCCCGACUCUACGUGAUCGAGAGCGCUUGGCGGACCGCUUUACCGUGAAAGCACGCGUUGGCUUUUACUGCCUCCUCAACUACAACGGUGGCGCUUUCAGCUUCGUGCGCCGUGAAUAUGCAGGACGCAUUAAGGUCAUCCUGAACACCUGGAGCAUCGUCCAAAAGAGUGACAUCGCCCAAACCGCCAUGGAGGAGAUGCCGGAGGAAGGUGAAGGUGAGGAGGGCGAAGGCAACGAAGUGAAGGAAGACCUGAAGGAGUCGACUCCGGUGAAGGGCGGCAAGGGCGGCCCGGGCAGUGCGGGCAGCGCGGGCAGUCAGGAGAUGUCCCCCCAAUCCAUGGACAGUGCUGACGUUGUACCCAUCGGCAAGGAAAUGAAAGUCCCCACGACCUUCAACGAGAUGCUCCUCUUCAAUGCCUCUGUCAUGGGCUAUGGCUCCAGUACCUGGAUGAACAUCGUUUUGCAGCAGUUCGAUGAUAUGGUGAAAAACGUUGCCAACUUCGGACGGCUUCAAGAAGAAUGUGAUGUGAUGUCACUGGUGCUGGCCAAGUAUAAGGGAAAGAUUAAUCUUCCAGAGUUCAAAGCAGUGACUUUGGCCUCCUUGCGCUCCCUUCUGCCGGCGGAAUGGGACUCCGAGCAUGAGGUGGCUUGGGCCUGGCUUUGGGAGAACAUCGAGGGCUUGUUGAGUGCAAUGCUGGGGAAACCCAAGCUGCAGGAAGAGGCGCUGGAGCAGUACUUUGCGCGAAUCCCCGACACCGUGGAUUGGCAGACCCUGCGGAGCCAACUCUUCCCGUCCUUCUUGGAGGCCACCCCCACUGCUCAAGGGUACUUGAAGCAAUCCGCCACCCGUAUCAACUUCGUCGCAGAGAAGAUCAUCCUUCACUCUUUGGAGAUCUAUCGGGCGCCACGGAAGAUGGUGGAGGAGAUCUCGGCCGUCGGCUUGCGCCACGUCGGCUAUGGAAUCCCCACGGAGAUUUUCCCGCCAUUUGUCACGUGCUCGGUGGACCUGCUGAAGUCCUUAACACAGGACGAGCUCACCAUCGAGGCUUUCCGCUGGUCGCUCUCGCUGAUGUCGAAGAUCAUGAUGCGCACCAUCUCCGAAGGCUCGACACUGGUGAUGAAGGCCAUCAAUGCCAACCAGAAGUUUCAACUGAAAAGGGCCAUGGAAGUCUGUGCGCGAGGGCAAAGGGCCAAGGAGCUGCUGAACAUCACCGCAGGGUCGCAAUCCAUCUCGCCCUUCUACUGGGCCAUUGACAGUGGUGCACUGAUGUGCGCAGAAGUCAUGUUGGAGGAUUUGCUCACGAUCCGUGCGGACCGGGAUGUCUACUACUACGGAGUGGAUGCACUUUUCACCACACAUACGGAAUGCGUUCAGAAGAUCUGCGCACGAGCACCCACCUUGAUGCCGACUUUAUUAGAUGGCUUGGUGUGGCGUUCUCGGCAGACCAAAGAAGGUAUGCGCCGAGUGAACUACUACGUGAAGCAUUUGAUCCAGGAUUUGGACGGCUACUUCAGCUCCAACUUGGAAUGGUUGGUGGAGCACAGUGAUCCCAAGAUGGUCCGACAUCCCACAGUGAUCCUCUUCUCCGAUGUGUUGUGGCACCGCCUGGCCAGUUACAAGUUCAUUCUCUCCAAGAUCUACUUCCUCCUCAUCUUGGGCGUGUUCAUCGUCGGCCAAGCCGCGUUGUUAAACCACCGCCUCGAGGAGACGCAGACCGUGGCGGAGGACGCCGUGAUGUUUGGCUGCCGGAUUUUCAACUACAUUUUUUCGAUGUGCAAGUUGAUCAUCAGUCAAGCCAAUAAGACCUACCGAGACCUUGGCAACGGGAACGUGCGGCGUGGCUCGGGCGCAACGCGACGAGACCUUUGGAACUUGGACUACGAGUCCUCACGGGUCAACAGCCUCCUCAGGGGAUGGCUGUAA